GUGUUGCAUGCUGGGUGUGUGAUUGUGUGAUUGUGUGUGUGUGUGUAGGGGUGUAUAAGAACAGGUCUAAUGUGUCAGACUUCAGCCUGGAGAAAUAAUCAAAACCCUGACCUUCACUUUCUGUGUCAUCUUGGCCUUGACUAUGUCACUGUCAUCUUCAGCCUACAUGAAUGCCGUUUAGUGCCAACCUAAUUUACAACUUCUUUUAGCUCCUAUUCCAGAUCCAGUUUGUGUGCGUGUGUGCGUGUGCGUGUGUGUGUCUCUUUGUUUUCGGUGAGUCUUUGAGAGCAGGCAGGGCUCAGUUUGACGAAGCUCGAAAAAGUCCGCGGGGAAGUUCCCUAGGAAAUCCCCCUCGACGGUGCGGGGAUAUUAUUGUGCGUCGAGGCGUCGACACAACCGACCUGCUCCGGUCCGCUUCUAGAGUCGCAGGGCUUUGUCGCCAGAGGUUGUCAAAUGCUGGAUUACUAAAAAGAAGAAGAAGAAGAAAAAAAAAAAAAGAAGCGAACCCCGUCUGUCAAAUCUACGAAAAGCCACCCCAAAAAAAAAAAACGAUGGACCACGUCGGUUCAAACUCGAACGACGUGAAGCUGCGCAGCUGCAGCACGCUGACGACUCUGUACCACGAGACGCUGCAGGAGCUCGAGCUGCUGAACAAACAGGUUCACGUGAAGGACAACAUCAUUGCGGAUUUAAAAGCGAGGCUGGGCCGAUACGAGAGGAUCUGCAUGGCCGUCGGGGACAACGAGUCCGUGGUCGUGGGGCCGUCCAAGUCUCUGCUGGAGAGCCUGUGCAAAGAGAUCUGCAAGCUGAAGCAGAAGAGGAAGGACGGGGAGUUCAAGGCGUCGCGACAGACGGAGGAGAUCCAGAGGCUGACCGUGCAGCUCCAAGAGAAGGAGCUGGAGCUGGAGAGAGUCAGGUGUCAGCCGGACCACGAGAAGGACCGGGAGGUCCACCGGCUGCGGGCGGACCUGGAGGAGCAGGAGCGGGCCGAGGCCACCCGGGCCGUGCUCUGCACCUCCCUGGCGGAGGAGGCUGACCAGCUGCGCAGCCAGCUUGGCGUGACGGUGAAGGUGUGCCAGGAGCUGCUGGCCAGGCUGGAGACGGAUAAGAAAGGAGGAGGAGGAGGAGGAGGAGGAGUGGAGGAGGAUGUGGCUCAGCAGCAAAACUCUAAGGAGAUGAUGGAGUCCUCUGACAUGAGUGGCAUGAACGCCCAAAUCUGUCAACUCCAAGAAGAGAAUCAACAGCUAAAGCAGCGAGUGGCAUAUGUCCAACGUCUGAAUUGUCAGUGGCAGAAGUAUGACUCCAGCAGGGAGGACUACAUCCACGGUUUAUGUCAGAGGCUAAAGGAGACCUCUGGGCCGGGCUUGGUGCCGGGGCUCGGCUCGAUAAGCACCGGUUUGCUUCAACAGGAGAUUUCCCGACUCAACGACUUACUCGAGGAGAAGAUGAGCGAGUGUGCGCGGCUGAGUGAAGAAGUGGAGGAGACGAGGAGGCACUACAAAGAGCGCAUCCAGACUCUGGAGCAGCAGGUCCUCAUCUACGCAGAUGACUUUAAGUCCGAGCGUGCCGACCGGGAGCGAGCACAGGGCCAGAUCCAAGACUUGAAGGAGCAGAUUUAUCAGUUGAAACAGCAGCUACACAAAAAGCAGGGAGCGAGCAGAGAGAGCAGAGAAGUGGUUCCCAUGUGCCGCGUGCACAUCGGGCACAGGAUCACCUCGAGGCGACACAAGGACUCUUCAGAGCCUCUGUUGAGGACCACGGCUGAGCUGCAGCAACAGCCCGCCGUCGCCGCCAUAGCAACAGCAGCAGCAGCAGCCACGCCGAGCCCCGCGUGGAGCGAACGGCCGGACCUGUCAGAGCUCCAGUGUCCGCGAUGCCUCGCCACGUUCAGCGACACGGACGCCGCAGAGUACCUGAACCAUUGUGAAGAGUGUGCGAGAAUAUAAACGGAGCAGCGCCUCCAUUUUUCUUUUUCUUUUCUUUGGGGUGCGGGAAAAGACACUUUUCACUUGCUGACAGUAAUCGAACACUGAACGGCAGCACUACACGGCAAAAAAACCUGAGUGGAAUUUCCGAUUCGGAGAGACUUGACUACGGAUGAAAUGACUGACUUGAGACGUUUGUUCAUCGCGGAGCGCAAAAACUGCACGACCCAAAGUUCCCCCGUCGCAAGAGAAAUGAGUCGAUGAGGCUUUUUAAAGUCUGCACGGUGAGCAGAGUCCGGUUCUGAGUGUUCCCCUGUGGCAGUGCAGGAGAUUACUGUGCUGGGAAAGUGGAUGUCAAAGCAAUAUAUCAAAUAUUAUAUACCUCAAUGUGUCAAAUUACCUGUUUGCACUUUCUUGACAUUUUAGCCAAAAACAGAAUCGUAGAAUCGUACGAUUUAAGACAUUCAUGACUCAUAAGCUUCUUAUUUUGGAUCAUGUGGUGCUAUUAUUUUUUUUUUAUUUUUAAAUUUGUAUUGAACUUUACAUAUUCUGUCCUGUAAAUUAUAUAUUCUUAAGAGAUUUUAAAAUAUAUUAACUAUAUUAAUAUUUAUUCAUGUUGCAUAAAUAUUUGGAAAAGGCUUUUGAUGCCUUUUGACCACCAAAGCCAUGAAAUAUUUGUUUCCUGGUAUAAUGUAUACAUUAAAUACAUGUUUUAUCCAUUUGUUUUUUGUAACAGCCUAUGUAAAGAUUGCAUCCUAACUGACAAUAAUAUACAGAUUUUUGGAGAUCCUAUGCCUGUUUCUCUUGAGCUGGCACAUUAUUUUUGUAAUAAAAUACUGUUUACCUGCA